CGCAAUUAUCACUCGCUCGCCUUCUCCCCCUUUCCUUCCCCCCUCCCUCCCACGCUCUCUCGUCCGCCGCACUCCUUUGUGCCCCUGCUCCCCCGCUCGCGCGCCCCUUCACUCGCGCUCCGUUAUCAGUGACGCCGCGCGCUCGGUGCAUCCGUUUGAAAUCACUAUCGCCGAUCGGAACACCGCGCGGAGAGUGUCCUGUCGCUAUGAAGGAAAGUUCGGCGGACAAUGUGCAUCCCCCUCCCCCUACGGUCGACGCAGCAGUUUUCCGAAAGAUCGGCGACGAGAGGACACUUUGUGUUCUGCGAGUUUCCAUUAGAUAGAGCGGUCGCAGCUCUCUGUUUGAAUUCCCCCGAGCCUGCAGAAAUUCCCCGGGAACCACCGACGGCGACGACGCAGAAAGAGAAAGCGGGGCUGAGGAGAAUCGAGUAGUCUGCGAAUUUGUCGCCGAACUCGUAUUAUUUUAAUUGACCAGGCGUCGCGCUCCUUCGAGCUGGCGAUCGCGGGGAAAUCUGUCUGGAAAUUUCGGUGCUUCGACUCUUCGUCGAGGCGGUUAACUUUCCUCCAGUCGAAUUGCCGUGGAAUUUAUCCCGCCGAAUUCUGGAGUAUCCGCGAAUUCCGUCGAAUUUGUUUUAGUGAUUCAACUUAUUUCGCCGAGUUCUCCUUCGCGCUCCUCGGGAAAUUCCCUGGAGUGUUUCGGUUUCUCGAGUUGCCCUCAAGGCACUCUUCUCGAUUUGAAUUCCCGAAAUUGUGGAAAUUCCGCCACCUCGAGAGAUCCCGGGCGCUUGAAUUUUUCACUGCUGUCGUUCCUCAUGAGAGACGCUGCUUUAAGCAUUUCGCGAGUUCUCGCGAAUUCGUUCGUUUGAUCUGACGUUUGACUUCCACUGCGUCCAGCCUUAAUCCCUUUUUUCUUUCUUCUUCUUCAGUUUCUCUUGUCUUCAAAACAAUGAAAAAUUUUCGAUUUUUCGAAUUUACAAGCGGCGAAAUUAUCCACAUUUCCCCGACAUAAAUUUCUAAAGAACAUCUAUUCUAAAGAACAUCUCGAGCUGUAAUUCUAGAAACUGUUGCAAUCCAGCAACUUCUGGCGAGAGUUUAUGACUCAUUGGGCCAUUAAUUCCCCUCUUCCCAGCGUGUCCCGGUUUGGUGUUCCGCAUUUAAGGGCCAUAAAUCGGCCAGAAACACGCGAAAUAUUCGCAAAUCCAAGAUUUUUAGAGAUUGUCCGCUCGCCCGAGAGAAUUCAAUCGAAUCUGCCGUAGAUUAAUGACGGCGAAAGUUGUGUGAAAGUUCGCUCGCAAUCCUCGUAUCUGCUGGGCGAUAAUAUUCAUGAUCGCUCGCGCGAGCGAUCCGCUCGCCGUAGCCUGUAACCUGUUGAGCAUGUAAUCCUCGCUUUCCACCAAUAUAUCAUCUGAUAUAUCGGAUCAGUCGCAUCGACGAAAUUGAAUCGCUAUCGGCACUCGUGACUCGUAGAAGACGCAGAGAGAAUGGCCUCUCCCGUCUUCGCACUGAAAUAUCCCGGCAGUUCCGUCAGGCCGUCAUCACGGAAAGAUAAUCGAUGCGAGGAUCCGUGGCGAAUAGCCGAGGAUCGCGAGUCAAAGUACCACGAUGCAAAGAUUCCGCGAUUUUUUGGAUCUUUAAAGUUUCGGCCUCGCAACCUUUCAAUCUAUCGGUUUCGCGAUUUCUUCCCGGCUGAAUUCGAGUUCUUCCUCGACCUCAACCAUGAAUCCUCGAAUCGUCGUCCUCGCGAUAUCAUUUUUGCUCCCGUCGGAUCUUCAUUCUGAAAUUCUUCGAGACCCCCAGAUCUCUUUUUAAUUCGCCAGCUCCCCGACGUCGCAAAUUUCCCGCGAGCCGAGCUUUCGUAGCUUGAAUUUUUAUUUCGCAAAUUCUCAACAUACCGAAUUGUUGGUCCUCGAUACCGCGGCUCUUGCGAGCACUCGUUUCAUGAAUUUCUGGCUCCUAAAGUAUUUCAUUUAGCAUUUCACCCGGCUACUUCAUCUUCCUUUUUCUUUCAGUUCGCGGUUCCAUAACGCCCCUUUAUGACAUCGACUCGCUUUAAUUUAACUUAAUUACAGCGUAACCCUCCCCCAUAAUCCUCCUAUCUCGUAAAUCCUCAGAUCUCACGAUAUGUUCCCAACUGUUAACCGCAAUCCGUUAUAACAUCCGUCGGCUAUUCCGAUAAAUCUCCACUUGGUGGGCCCGGUGGUGUCGCUCGACGAGCCUAACAGUGCGCGCUUUCACAGAUGGAGAGUUCUCGCGUGCCAUAAAAAAAAUAGAAAAAAAAGGAAAAUACGCGUUUCAGUGGGUGAAGUUUUGACUGAGCGAUGACGACAUCGACGACCGUGCGUGUCGUCCUGGCGGAUCCUUACGAGGACUCGCCAGUCUUGUGGGACACUGCCAACACCAGCGAGAUCAGCUUGGAAACGAGCACGAGCUUCGACACGAGCCAGGACGAGACAGGACAAUUCAACAAUUGGUGGGCUAUGCUGGCGCUCGUUCUGGUGUUGGGAACGGCCGCGGGGAAUAUCCUAGUGUGCAUGGCAAUCACCUGGGAGAGGCGGCUCCAAAACGUCACUAAUUAUUUCCUAAUGAGCCUGGCCAUUACCGAUCUCAUGGUCGCAGUCUUGGUAAUGCCGUUGGGUAUCCUUACGCUCGUGCGAGGAUACUUUCCGCUGCCGUCAGUUUAUUGCCUAGUCUGGAUUUGCCUCGACGUGCUGUUCUGCACCGCGAGCAUAAUGCACUUGUGCACCAUAAGCGUGGACCGCUACCUGAGCCUGCGCUACCCGAUGAAGUUCGGGCGCAACAAGACCAGACGAAGGGUAAUCCUCAAGAUUAUCAUCGUAUGGCUCCUCAGCAUCGCCAUGAGUUUGCCCCUGAGCUUAAUGUACUCCAAGGAAGAUGACUCGGUAUUGGUGGACGGGGAAUGUCAGAUCCCGGACCCUCUUUACAAGUUAAUCGGCAGCAUAAUAUGUUUCUACAUCCCUUUGGGGGUUAUGCUGCUAACGUACGCGCUAACGGUGAGACUAUUGGCGGAACAACAGCAGAACAUCGGCGGGACAGCAGCAGGUUGGUCAUCAGGAUGGUUGGGUGUGCCUCAGAGUGCACCCUCUCCGGCAGGUCUCGAAAGGCGAGGCACCUGGAAGCGGUUCCUCCUCAACAAAAGCUCGGGCGGGAGCGGCGGCACCCCACAACACACUUCCGGCACGUCGACCGACACCGAGCUGACUACUCUCGAUACCCACGAGCUCUGGCUCCCGGAAAGCGAGCCGCCACCCUCGGCCAUGUCCGCCCUUCACGCCUUCGGCGCAGAGAUGCUGAAGCUGUCGAGGGGUCUCGAGGGAAUCGCCAACCCCGCAAGCCAGACCCCGUCAAGAUCGACGCCUCAGCAGCAUCAUCAGCAGCAUCAACACGGGCCAUCGCAUCGCAGAUGCAGCUUCCGCAACGGAAGCGCGGAGAGCACUGAGAGCAGCGUGUCCUGCUCGAGGACGAGCUUGUCGGCGCAGGAGGAGCUCGUGAGUCCUUGGAAGCACCGGAGACGGGCGUCCACGUACAACGAAGCUCACGUGGAGAGAACGGUCCAGACAUCGAGCUCGCCGAAGACCCCUAGGAAACGGUCCUUCAGUUUCCACGAGCAGUCGUCCUGUCGCGAGGACGACUCACGCAAGAAGUGCCAAGAGGACAAACCGGCAGAACCGAUUAUGUUACCGCCACCGUGCACGUGUCCCUACUUCGGGGAGUCAUCAAAGAAACCACCACCCGUCAGCGAGGUCGUCAUCGUCUCCAGCGAGACCAUGAAGCCGAUCGGCAACAAGAACGUAGACAUGAACCUGUUGAGCGAGUCUAUGAAGCCCAUGCUCGCCAGGAACCUGGAGAUGAGUCUCUUAAGCGACCCCGCGAGGCUGCCCGUCGGCAACAGGACUCCGGAAAUGGGUCUAUCCAGCGAUACCGUGAGACCCAUCAGCGGCAGGAACCUGGAAGCGGGUCUGCAGGCGGAUACCGUGAGACCUCUCACCGGUAGACACCUGGAGGUGGGUCUGCUCGGUAGAAACAACAGCGCCCGUUCCGCGGACAAUGCCAAGGGGACCUACGAGCAGUUGGCCAUGACGAAUAGCGUGGUCACGUGGCGCGGCGGAAGGCGAGGCUCCAGCCUAGGCAGCACCAGGACCUUGCUGUCGGCCGGCACGAGAGCGACGCCGUUGCGACGCGCGGCGACCGUGCGGGCGCACAACGGCGCAACGAGUGCGGGCCUGAUGCUGAAGCCAGCCAACCCGUCGUCGCCGAGCUUGAGGGGGCCGCACCCGAGCCUGGGCGUCCGCAGUCAUCACUCACGCACCAGCAGCGUGAUCUCGCGCAACAGCUCCCGCCACGGCAGGAUCAUCCGCCUGGAGCAGAAGGCAACGAAGGUGUUGGGCGUGGUGUUCUUCACGUUCGUAAUCUUGUGGGCGCCGUUCUUCGUGCUGAACCUGGUGCCGGCUGUGUGCCCGGACUGCGAGCGCCGGAUCGACCGCAAGUUCUACGACCUGGUCACCUGGCUCGGCUACGCCAGCUCCAUGGUCAACCCUAUCUUCUACACCAUCUUCAACAAGGUCUUCCGCGAGGCAUUCAAGAAGGUGCUGCUGUGCAGAUAUCGCAAUCAAACGUGGCGGCCGGCCAGGUAGGCCGGGCUGGACCCCGGGAGACCGGGGGUCGCCAUCAGUAGGGUAUGAACGUAACCGGAAGUGGAACAAAAGUGCGCGAUAUAUGUGUGCGUGGCUGUGUGCCUGUAUAUGCGUGUGUAUGUGUGUUAACGAGAAUGACGGAGGACCACAAAAGAGAUACAAGAACCUAGACAAAGGUAGGAACUCGGACGAAUGGUGCUAUUCUACUCGCGUGAUUGGCUCGCUCUUAUCGACGUAACGAGAACUCUGAGAUAUCGGAGAGAAAAGAUAUCGGCUAGCUGAUGGACAAAGGGAUCUUCCUGUUAGCGAUCUUCCCGCCGAUUCGUCCCGCGUAUUCGUCCCGCGUAAUAGCGAUAUUUUUAACGAACUGCAAAUUGUUUGUCGAUAAUCUUCCUAUGCGUGCAACUCUACACAUAUCGACACUACGUGUAAUUACAUAUCGACGAUAAUUUCAGAAUGUGUAAUAAUAACGAUUCCUAUUUUGAUAAUUUUAUAUUCGGAAGUCAUUCUCGCGCGCGUCCUAUGAGUGUGUUUAAUUGCGACGUUGUGUUCGAUAAUUCAAGUUGUUCUCUGCGAAGCUCCCCUCCUCGAAACCUUCCACGCUAUUUUUACGUGGCACGGAAAAUCUCGCGUUUAGCAAUAAUUUCUGCGUUAAUAAUAUCGCGCGUUCGACGUUACAUUCGACCUCUCGCAUUUAAUAACAACUUGUAAAGCCCGAGAGAUAUUUCAUCACAGUGAAAUUUAGCUUCUUCGUUGGGAAUAAUUCUUUUUCUCUCGUCUUUUUUUGUUUUCAGUAACUGGGAACUGGGAACGCGGAAUGCGAUUUUCUUUGGCGAUGUAUCGCCUCUCUCUCUCUCUCUCUCUCUCUCUUUCUCUCAUCGUUUCACGCGGGUUAAUUAACGCGAACUUUCCGGCAGCCUGAUCGCGCGAGAACUUGAAAACGCGAGCGAACAAUCCGAACUAGUGUAGUCUAAGGAAAAAAUUGAAUUGUAACAUAGUAUAUCUCUAGCACGCUUUCGUGUAACCGCAAUCACCCGAUGAACUAACACGCGGACUAAUUAAAUUCCCAAUUGAAUUUCCCUAAUUAAAUCCCGUUCGGAGAAAUUUGUACAUAAGAACGGAGCGGUAGCGGUGGCGGCGGCAGUGACGGCGACGGCGACGGCGACGGCGACGGCGACGGCGACGGCGACGACGACGACGUGCGUUUAGUUAAUUAACGAUUAAGAGUGCGAAACGCGCGUGUACGUAUGUGUAUGUGUGUUUGCGUGUAUACACGUGUGCGUUAUGUUUACGUACACGUGUGCGUGCGUGCGUGCGUGUAUGUGUGUAUGCGCGUAUGUGCAUACCUAUGCAUGUAGUCGCGCAAAUGUACAAAUAGCAUAAGUAAUCAGCUGUUUACAACUCGAAACGGUGCUCAUCUAGACUCGAAAAGUGUGUUCGACUUGAAAACGCCGGAGGACGAAGAAAGAAUCCGAGUUUAACGGGACGAGGCGAAACGAUCGAAGGAUUCGCGGUUUACGGCGUAAUCACGACGUCGUCGAUGUAUACGAAAGAAAAAGGAACAGAAAUAUUCCGAAGGCGGAAACCUUUCCAUCCUCCCCCCUCCCUUUCUCUCUCUCUCUCUCUCUCUCUCUCUCUCAUUGUUCCUGCGACAACAUGACAUGUAAAGCUCGCCGCGCAAUAAUUAAAGAAACACAAGUUUCUUCUUAUUAUCCUCUGAUUACUUUCGACGGGAUGCAUCGUGGUCGUUGUUUCGCCAACCUCCUGUCUGCUAAUUAUCCUUCCCGGCUUUCGUUCCUCUCGAUCACAAUCCUCGAAGUAUGCGACGAAAAUUUCACGAAUUCUCGGCGCCGAAGAGACUCGCGGAGCGUCUGCGCGCUCCGACAUGCGGAAGCUCUGCGGUGUGCUUGCGGAUUACUCGAAACGCUCAUCUCGUAACGAGGAUACGAAGGACGCGAGGAUACACGUAACGUGGCUUACGUCUGUGAAUUUUGAACGCUAAUUAUGUCACGACGAUGCUGCUGAUUCCGGAUUGCGAUCUUCCGCUCUGAAUUAUCAAUCGAGGGAGCAAGUGGAUAAAGGCGAUGCGUCUGCCGCCCGGCAAGAAUAAAGAGAGCCGUUGUGCGAGCCGAAUGAUAUCACACAAUCGGUGAGGAAUCAAAUGAAGUGGCCUUCUUCCAGAUAAUUAGAUGACUCUCGAGACGUCUUCGAGCGAAAUUUCACUCAGGAGAACAAAGUGGCAGCCGAGUCGCGUGUAAUCGAGUGACCUUUCACUCGCGCAAAGCACAGAGUGAAUUCUCUCGUUCAGAAGCGCGUGGAGUGAAUAUUUUCAUUCGCAAUCGAAGAGCGAAUCCGACGUGUUCCAUUGUUGCCGAGACGAAUUCGCUGUAAUCGACUGAAACAUUCACUCUGGCGGUUCCGGGAGCCUCGAUGCUUCCGUUGUCGCUUCGAGCGAGCUCCCGCUCGUUUCGAGUGAGACUUCGCUCCAAGAAGUUCGCGGAGUAACGGAGCAACGCCGUUACUCCGUCCGACUCCAUUUUCCGAAAUAGAUCACGGGGGCUAAGAUCGCGCGGUCCGUAUUUCCCCAACGAACAGAAUCACUUCGUAGCCGAGAGGACAGAGCCGAGGACAAAAGUCGGACACAUUUCGGGGCAGAACGAGCGACGAAAGCAAUUUCUGGCACCUCCCCUUUCUCUCUCUCUCUCUCUCUCUCUCGCAACAACGGACCAUCGCGUCAUCUCCGUUCCCUUGUCCCGUCGAUUACAUCAAGGUCACGCAAUCGCGGAGAUUCCAAUACGAUCCCGCACGAGAGCGGUAACGCAUGUCGCUCGAAGAUGAACCGAGACAGGGAUUGUAAGCGACACAAUCGCGUGUUGCCGCGACAAACUACGGGCGAUCAUAUCGCGCGGCUCUGAGAUUGCGUCCUCGUGUACAUGCGAUCUCCGAGGGACUCGCCGAUCCUGCGGACACCGGGCGUGUUUGCGGAAUCGCGCCGGCACGGCCUGUGUCGUUCGUUUGUUAAAUAAAAUCGAGAGGCCGAUCAUCAGCGUGUUACGCAAGCGUGGCCCGCGCACGGUCCUCGUAGUUUCGCCGCGGUUGUAUCGACGCGGCGAAGUAGUACACCAUACUACUUCGCCGCGUUAAGUACCGACGAAUAACGGACAUGCACGCGGCCCCGAACCUCAUCGGCUCCCUCCCUCGGCCACCCAAUCAGAAAAUCAAUUGUGCACGUCAACGCCACGUUAAUCGUUCGACCGACAUUCACCGUCGUUCUGCUAAUUAUUUAGUUUUCCAUCGUCCGCGGCUUGUAGCAGCGCGACCCACCGAAUCCAUUUAAACGUCGCCCACCAAAUAGAAAGCUACAUUUACGUGGCCCUCAGACGCUCGUCAGCGGGAAAGAAUUAGUCGAUGGGCCGCAUGACGACGAGGCAAUUUAGCUAGCAUUGCCGAUUAAUUCCCGAUCAAUAACCCGCUGAUUUUCUUUCGGCUAUCCACCGCGUGAAUAAUUUAUCGACGUGCAUGAAAACCGAGUGCAAGCUCUGUCUCU